AUGGCCGGGUCGCAGUCUCUCCUCCUGCUUGCCUUGGCCGCCGGUGGUGUUCAUGCUGCUGCUGCUGCUGCUGCCGCCGCCGCUGCUCCGGCGCCCGUGAUACCCAUAUCGUACAGCUACGGCGGAUACCCAAGGAUACAAGCAGACCUCUCCUGGGGAACUCCCUCCCAGUCGUCCAUCCCCACCAUCUUCGACACCGGCUCGCCCAGCUUCUGGGUCUACGGUCCCCAUGCCAUCAUCAACUACGGCAGCAAAUACCACUACCAGCUAGGCCCGUGUAACAAAUCCGUCGAGACCUUCUUCGACUGGCCCAAAUCCACCACGUAUUCCUCCGUCACCAAUUUCCCUCGCGGACUGGGGUACUCGUACGGCGGCAACGGCAAGAUCGUGGCGGCGUACACCGAGCUCAACGACACCUUCUCCUUUGCCAACGCCAACUUCCCCCCGCUCGCAAACAACCAAGUUGCCAUUUCCAACUUUACCCUGGUCACCGAGGCCGACGACACCUGCAGCAUACCCGCGUCAAGCUUUGACCACAGCAUUCUCGGUCUUGCUCCUUUGACCGGUAUCCAGGCGGGCCCUUCGUUCCGCGCCAACCUGCGCACUGCCGGCAAGACCUCGUCCUCGUCUUUCAGCGUGUGGAUGGACCAAGCACCAAGGUCAUCCAACAGCAAGUACACCUACCGGGGUGCCGCCGUCUUUGGUGCCAUUCCCUCCACGCCAAAAUACGUCGGCCCGCUGGUUCGAAUCAAGCAAACCAACCCGGACCCUCCCUACACCGGAUACUAUGCUGCUCUUCCCAAGCUGACAGCAAGCAACCUCAUGGGACCAGGGGGCAAGCCUCGAGAAAUCGGGCUCGCGGACCCCACCGUCAAGAAUUGCCUCCUCGAUUCCGGCACCGGAGCGGAUCGAAUUCCCUUCAACGAAUCGCAAAUUGCCCAGGCGACUGGCCUGCUCCGGCUGCAUAACCCUUCCAUCCUCGCCUGGAACGGUACCUGCGAUUCCAUCCCUCAUAGCGCGUCCCUGAAAUUCACCUUUGACGGAGCUACGCCGGGUACUAGCGUCACCAUAGCUGUGCCUAUUCGCAGCUACGCGAGGGGGAUAUAUGACAGUGAUCCGGGCCUCGACACCUCCAAGUACUGCGGUUUAACCUUGUCGGGGGAUGAGUAUGGGGAUUGCGUGCUUGGUGCCUCCUUCUUUUCUGCCAUCUUUGCUGUCUUCCACGAUGACAUGCAGCAGGUUGCCCUGGCACAGGGCGGUGUUUCAAGAAACACUGCCGAUGGCCUCUCCGCCAUCGGGCCACUUACUCAGAUUGCUGCUGGCAAGGACAUCCCCUUUUCAGUUUAG